GACAUCCUGCUGAGCCCGCAGGACGUGCGCGCGCUCACCUUCGGCCGCCUGCGCGAGUACCAGCGCACGAAGAAUACCAAGACGAAAAGGACUCCUGCAGGGUUUAACGGCUCCGCCUCCACUCUCGCGGUUCCUGACAGGACAAACCAUGUCAGGGUUACUCUACAUCAGCUGAUAAACGCUGUGGUGGACGAACUGACGGCAACCAAGACAGUUGUACCAUUAGCAUCGAACGAAACUAACGAAUUAUUGAUUACAGACAACAUCGCGAUCGCAUUUCCGGGCGUGGAAGGGGUGACUCAGUCUCUGGAACUACUGUCUCGCGGUCUCUGCAUAAAAUCCGUCGCACUACAGCUCCCAUUCCACGAUGUGAAGCCCUCUGUAUCACUUGUGGCAGAUCACCUAAUGCCGCACGUGAAAGAGCAGCUGCGCGGCGCGGCGGGGGACGGCACGUCCAACGGCUACGUGCUGCUGGGCUACUCGUACGGCGGGCUGCUGGCGCUGGAGGCGGCCGCGCGCCUGGAGGCGGAGGGCGUCGGCACAGAGGGCAUGAACCAAAUCGUGCUGCUCGACUCCGCGCCAGACCUUCUACGCGCUUUCAUUUCAGAAUUUGGCGCCCGACACACAGUUCGCGAAGCAAAAAAUGAGAUACUGGACAACGGUAAAGAAGAAUCUGAGUCGGAAAGGAUGGAGAACGAAGCUCUGCAAAUAGAACUUCUGUUGCACAUUAUGCAGGUUGAGUCUCCUGACGCAUCUCCUUCAGUUUUGAAGGGAUUGCGCGAGGAACUGCAACGGAAAACGAGUUGGCAGGAUCGGCUUCAAAUCUUCGCUGAACGCUCACCCGACACUACGCACAGGGAGUACACUAUGGCUGCAGUGGACGCCAUUUACAAGCGCGUGCUUUCGAUCUGCGAGCGACCAGUGAGUGUGCACUACGUGGAGGGCGCCGACCACUACACGCUGCCCAGCAACCACCAAACGGCGGCGCUGGUCAACGCCGCGCUGGAGGCGGCACAUACGGACCUCUCCAAGGGCUUAACAGGCUUCAGGAACAGCCCCGAAAAAAUGGUGUGGCAAGCGGUGGCCAACUUACAAGGUCUCCUGUACACGGAGACGCCUAUUGUCUUCGAGAAUGUUCGGUUCCUACGAGCGACUCGCCUGCCCAAGUCGGAAGGAGAAAAGCUGGAACUGAAGGUGAACGUGCACCGCGCGAGCGGCGACUGGGAGGUGUCGGACAACGGCACCGUGGUGGCGUGCGGCCGCGUGCGCAUCCCGGAGGACGUGGAGAAGGAGAUGCUCUCUCCGCCGCUGCAGCAGCGCGCGCCGCGCACCGCCCCCGCCGACGCGGAGGCGAAGGCCACCGGCGCCACACGCGCCGCCGCCCCCGCCAACUGUGCCAGACCCCAGGGCGACCGAGGCGACAACGACGACGAAGAGGAGGAGGACGACGAUGAUGAAGAAGAAUGCGAAGUUGCUGAGCCCGUGGUCGGUGACGAGGUAGCCGACUUCGAUAUGGGCGCCAAGCACGUGUACAAGUGCAUGCGGCUGCGCGGGUACAACUACCAGGGGCUCUUCCGCUGCAUCCACUCUGCCAGUUCGGAUGGAACGGGUGCAUUAAUUCGAUGGAGCAAUUGGAUAUCCUUCUUAGAUGGCAUUCUGCAGGUACAAAUACUCGCCAAGGAUUCCACACAGCUUUAUGUACCCACGUCCAUACAGAAGUUGGACGCUGUAAUUGGCUUUGAAUUCUCUGGUCGCCUCUCGAGCGGCCGCAGAGUCAUGGGAAUGAGGAUGGGAGGUUGCGUGUCGUCGGAGAUUAUAGCACCUGAAUUUCUCUUAUGGGAUGUUCCUGAAGAAAUGACUCUCCUUGAAGCUUCCACCAUACCUGCUGCCUAUGGAACGCACGUGAAAGAGCAGCUGCGCGGCGCGGCGGGGGACGCCACGUCCAACGGCUACGUGCUGCUGGGCUACUCGUACGGCGGGCUGCUGGCGCUGGAGGCGGCCGCGCGCCUGGAGGCGGAGGGCGUCGGCACAGAGGGCAUGGGCCGACUCAAAGCAGUUUCUGAUAACGAAGAAGCAUCUGAAAAGGAAUCAGUGGAAGAGGAAGUCGUGCAGUUAGAGCUGUUGACUCACGUAAUGCAGACAAUGGCACCUGAAAUGUCUCCCAUGGAAGUGAAGAAACUGCGGGAAGAUCUCUUGGCAAAGAAGUGUUGGGACGCUCGCCUGCGUUUCUUUGCGAAACAUUCCCUGGACACCGGGCACAGCUUGGAUUAUAAGAUGGUCGCGCUGAACGCCAUCUACAGUCGCCUCAUCUCGGCGUGGCGAUACAGCUGGCCCAAAGACCGACCGCGCCUGCAGGCGUCUGUCACGCUCAUUCGGCCAGCGACAUCCGCCAUCCCGCCCGGCAUCAUCUCCGAGGACGGCGGACUGUCUCAGCUCUGUGAGCGACCAGUGAGUGUGCACUACGUGGAGGGCGCCGACCACUACACGCUGCCCAGCAAGCGCCAGACGGCGGCGCUGGUCAACGCGGCGCUGGAGGCAGCCCACAAGGACCUCGGCUCCGACUUCAAAGCCAACAUCAACAGUCCAGACGCGAACAGCUAUCACGGUCUCAAAUCCUUGCAUUGAAAACAGACUUCAUUCAUCGGGCAGAACGGAUACAUUUCUUAUGUACAGUCACUCCCAAAACUAUUCGGACACCUGCUAAUUUCAAGAACUUUCGUCAAAACUUUCUACACAAAUCAAUAUUAUAUUUUAAUUCAGCAUAAUGUGGGUAAAUCAGAGUUAGCUACGAAAAUAAUGAAAAUUUAUUAAAAAUGUAGCUCUGCGAAGUAAAAUGACCUUUAAUCAGUGGGCCUCUAAUUAUUGCGCAACUGAACUGAAAUAUUAGUCCUUUAAAUAUAGAAAGAAACCGUUGAAAUCAACGGACGUCGAACGCUAAAGG